GAUGCUUGACGUGUAGCAUAGCGCAUAGCGAUCCGAGUCUUGGAUUCCGAGAGCGAGUCAGCGAGAUGUCAGGUCAUCAGUAGAAGCAGACAUCAGUGAAUUUCGAACAGUCUCGAACCCUCGUCUCGUUACGUACUGUAAUCCGAAGCGAGACCUUCGGAUAUGCAGGGUAUGGACAAGGAUAUUGUUGAAUUCCAGGAAGCGUUAGAAACAACACAUGACUUAGCGAUUGCGCAGAAAGAAAACCUUCGUGAAGUGACAACCAGUUCGGUCAAACCACUAAGACGGAAGUUAAGUGGUUUAUUUAACAAGGACAAGGUAAAAGGAUAUUUCGGAGCACGCCACACGCGACACCUUCCAUUCCGGAAAAGCGUUCUUUUUUGGCCAGUACCCAUGAGUGAUUCAGCACGGCGUUGCUUAAUCGAAUUCACAUCCGAGCCGGUACAAGCGGGGCCUAAAAGCGUCCCGUACCCUCCCUUCUGCGAUAACGUUACCGCUCGUGCGAGUGUCCGAUUGUGAACGGCGGUGCAUAGGUCGCCGUAGUGGGGGUGCACGUGUCGUCUCUCUUGUCAUUGUGAUAUAAUGUCUGAGAGUCAAUUCGAAGUCCCUGCUCCUACGUGUAUUUUCGCCGCUGUAAACGCGCGUGCGUAGCCGCGGCGUACCCUCGAGAACACGAGCAGCCACGAGCGGAGUAACAUGGCGACUGCCCGGCGUGCUUAGUCCAUUUCUGACCAUCGGCGCGUGUGGGUCAACGACAAAAGGACCGCGGUGUUCCUCGGCGACAUUCUUCUUAAACGACUGCAAUUGAUUCCAAGAAUGGCGCCGAACAUUUGUGUAACCGAGUUCCCAAUGGCGGAACUGAACAAUGGCUCCAAUGGAACCACCGUUCACACGUACGUUCGCCGACGACAAAGAUCUCAAAACGUCGCAAGCGUCAGACGACGGACACUCGCUUUGGAACAGAUGUUGCUGCGAUCCGGGCCCAUCGCCGAAACGUCUCUGGCAUCCCGUGAAAAUUGCUCGCGGGGAUUGAAGUACACGAAUGCGGUACGAAAUCAAUCCAUAUCGGAUAAAAGACUUCAGGCGGACGAACCUUACAAAAAAGUUACCAUAAGAAGAGAUCUCUUGAAUAUCGUUGCCCGCACGAUGACUCUCGUGCAACGCAAUUAUAUCCUUCAAAAACGCGUGAACGCGUUACAUGCCGAAACGCGCAGGUACCUCUGUUCCACGUUAAGUAACCCGAAGAAUCGAUGUCAAGAACAAAGAUUGCAAGAGCCGCAUUCGGAAGGCGAGAACGUCCCGCCGUUCACGAAGCAAGUCGUCUCGCCGUCGCCUUCACUCAGCUCCGAUUCGAGCGAUGAAAAUUCGCAUCACGGACUCGCUUACACUCACAAUCAUAAUGAUAAAUACAGUCGUGUCGAUGAUGAUUGUUCGCCCGACGACAAUUCUGAAGGUUCAAGUAGAAACGGAUACUGACUUUCCGAAGCCCGAGAAAACCGGUAAGAAUUUUUCAGCUUGAGCACAGGCGCGCAAGCAGGAAGAUGCUUAAAUGCUCCAUACUCUGCGUAACAUACAUAUGUAACUUUAGAUAUAUUUUAAUAUAUUUUAAAAGACACUUAACAAUAAGAGACUCCUUUCUUGUCCGCGUAAUAUAACGUAAUAACUUUAAGAACUGAAUAUAAUUGUUUCCGAACGAAGCAAGACUCCGAAGGGGUGGGCUAAAAUAUUAUUAGUUUUCAUGUACGCAAUGUUUUAGUAUUGACAAAGUGACUUAUAACGAUAUUUCUUGUAAGAUUUUGAAUAUUACGGUUUUCGAGCUAAAUCGAAAAUUGCUUUUCGGAAAUUAAGCUCUAAUGGCAUAAAUAAUAAACAGACAUUGCAUUGAAUAACUUUGUCCCACGGAAAUAAUAGGAUUAUUGUUUGGCAAAUAAUACUUAAUGAAUAAUUUUUAAUUGCGUUAUUGAAUUGGAUUUUUAGCAAAAUCUAACUUAGGGCUUUUAGAUUAGAUGAAAAUAUUGAAUAGUCAGAUGUUAGAAAUUUUAAAAAAAGACGAUGUGUAAUAUUGCGCUAAAAACUUAACUGGAAAUUUUGCAAGAAAUAACGCUAAGCGUCCACUUUCCGUCAGUUAUGUUACUCUUUAUGUGAUUUGCUUUUUCUUGUAUUCGAAUAUUCAGUUGCAGUUACUUAAAGCAUUGCGUUUAAAAAUUAGCAUAAAUUGCUUCAAUAACAAUUUUAAUCUUUUAAAUUUAAAAAGUAUAAAUUAAACCAUUUAAUACACAGUAAACGCAUACAAUCGCUUCGAUCUCAGCAUAAAUUUAUAUUAUAUAAAAAUCUUGCGUUAAAAAUUUUAAGAGAUAAACGAUAUUUGGCUAUAUGUAAAAUUAAUGAUUACGAAAUACGAAGCCAGGUAAAAACGCGAAAUCACACGUUUCCAAUUAUAGAAACGUAGGAAGUAUUCUCAGUGUAAUAUUUUAUUUUAUACUCAUUCCGCGGUGAAGCGAAGGAUCAUUUCUGGAGCUUUAGAAUGGCGGGAUUUAAUGCAUUUCCCUCCAGCAUGGAGGCUCACUGUUUGAGAUAUACUACUCAAACGAAUAAAACAUCCUUUUUGGGCGAUAAAAUUAAUUGAAUGUUAGCGGUCAUAAAAUACUAAGUUCGUGUAAGAGCAUCAAGUUUAGACGCUAAUAGUAAUUUUUUUUAACAUAUAUAUUUAGUAAAGAUUUAAAUAAUAUGAGCAUUCGAGUAAUAUAAUUGCUUUGAGUAGCAUAAGAUACCAGUAGCGCCAUUCCCAAAGUUAACAGUAGGAUUCCGAUAGUUAAGCUGUGUUCCUGCUCUUUCUUGAAUAAUCAUUAGAAAAUAUGUUGGAUGUUACAAAUUCCAUUAGCUGUCCAUUGAUAAUAAAGUAAAAGAACGAAUAAUGUUGCAAUGAGGCAUUCGGAAACAUCAAUGUAUAAAUGACAUUAACAUAAGUUGUCUUAUGUAAAAGCUUUUAACAUUAAUUUACAUUUUAAUUAAAUAUUCCCAUUACAUAUUUGCACAAUUAGCAUAUAUUAGAAAUGUUUAUGCUAUGCUAAUAGAACAUCUUGCAACUGCAAAAUUAAAAACAAUCUGAAACUUUACAUAAGUAGAUCCUAUCUUUUUGUGCAUCAAAAUCAUACGAGUGUAUAAGUUGUACAUCGUGUGGUUUUGCUGUAUUGUCAAAAUCAAGUCCCCAAAAAGUUGUAUUCGAUCGUAAUAUCGUCAGUUAUAUAACACUUCUUAUUAGAAUGGAAAUUGCAUCGUGAAACUCUACUUCACGUCGCUUAACAGAAGUGACAGCGAUUUGCAAUGUUAAAUGUCAUUAACAUAUUUAUAACGUUCACCGUAUUUUUUUUUUGGGGGGGGCAACAUUUUAACGUAAAUACUUCAAUAAUUUUCCGAUUCAUCUACACUGAUCCAAAGCGCUUUUGAGAUCCAUAAAACUUUUAUUCGGAACAUUUUUCGUAUCUCUCUUCUUUCGACGAUAUUCACUAAGAAACAAAAAAUCAAUAUUUUUCCACCCCUAAAAGUGAAUAUCAGCCCCAACAAAAAAUUGUUUCGUUAUGAGGUCCAUUUAUUUUACACUUAUGCAAAGUUUGAGAUUUUUUUAAUUUGACAGUUGCUGAUGUUCUCUUGUAAGUCUUUUGCCGUAUGGUGAUUGCAUAUCAUUCAAGUCGCGAGUAACAGUAUUAGCUGUGUUAUUAAAAUAUAAGAAUUUUGUAAUUAUUACAUUUUUUUGUAUUGUGUUUACUGUACUUAAUCGCUUGAAAAAUUCGAGUGUGUUCAAUUCAUGUUGAUUCGCACGUUGAUUUUAUAUAAUUGGAAGCGUAUGAUUUCGCAUUUACUUAGUUUCGCAUCUCGUAAUCCUCAAUUUUACAUGUAAAGUCAAAUUCAACAUGAAUUGAACACAUAAAAAAAUUAAUUGGCAAGUCUUAACACUUAUUACAGUUAUUUAUAAAUUAUUUAUGAAUUUUUAAAUCAUCUAAACCGUUGAAAUCGAAAGAACAAACGAUCACUAAUUAUUGUUUAUAAAUAAAUUUGCAGAAAUAUUAAUAGUAGGAAAAAUCUUCGUGACAUUAUUCGUUUCUAGCUUUACAAUGUGAAUGUAUUAUCGUAGUAAUAUUAGAAGGUAAAAGUCAGUUAAUUUAAGAAGGAAGAUUCUUGAUAGAGCGUCCGCGUAUGACAUCUGAUCUAACAAUUUAAAUAUAUUAUUAUUCGAACUUACUUACCCAAUCAUGACUGUUGAAGUCCGUUUUUGCAUUCAUAAUCACAUUAUCUUUUGCGAUAUUUUAUCCAACUCGCGUGCUACAACUGUCAUAAAUAAUAACAUGAUCACUAAAUCGUCGAAAAAUACUUUUUGUAAUAAGAGGCAAAUGAUUGGGUUAAUAUUUAGCAGAGAUCAACAACACGGCAGUUGAUGUUUAUAAAUGCGGUGAUAAUUGAACUAUAUGUUAUUAGCCGCGAUCAUCCAUCAUACAGUUGGUUACAUCUAAAAGCACAGUUAAUUGAGAAGAAGCUUGAAUGACAUUUAUGUGAUACAUAUUAAUUUAGCGCGCAAAUAUGUAACUCGAUGUAUGAAGUGCGAAAUUAUUGGAAACCUUAAUUAGGCGAUUUUAUAUAAUCAUUUCGCGUGUGAGUUUAUCGAUAUAUUUAGAACGGAUGAUAUAAAAAAUAAUAAAUUUGUAGAAAACUUUGCUAUCCUUUACGGAUAGCAAAUCUUUAUUUAUUAUACAAGAUCGUGAUGUAUUUCGAAAUAUUUACAUGACUAACAAAUCGAAAGCAAUGUUAAUUAUGCAUUUAAUCCUUUUACAAUUAUGUGAUAAUCACAUAGCAUUUCAGGGAUAUAAUUGCAUUUCACGCACUCUGAUGUGAUGUGACACAUAUAUCCUUCAACAUUACUCAAUCAAAUGAUAUAUACGUUGGUAGAAGGAAUUUGUGCCUAAGAUGCAUGUACGAUAUGCGUUAAUUUUCGAAAAAAAAGAAACACUGGAGCAAUACAAAUAUAAGUAUCUAUAUAUAAUAAAAACGGCAUUUAGAUAAUAUAUUUAGAGUCAACGUAACGAUUAGAUCGAAUUCCCAGUAAUAUUUACUGUAGGCGUAACGAUAUUUUAUUGUCGACAUGAUCAUAGCGUUUCGUGAAUCUGAAUCCCGCGCAUAUGUGAUACGAUGAACAUGUGUGAAUAAAUCCAUUGCAAAAGCAUAUUUGCAAAUAAUAUGUUGCCAUAUCAAUAUGCUUAAUCUUUUUCUAAUAUCGCUAUAUUAGACAAGAACGAAAUCAAAUAUUUAUGAUUACAGUAUAAGAGAUUAGUGUUUAACGCGACCGAAGAACGAUAUUCGUAAUAAUAUCGUAUAUAUCCCUAUAGAUAUUUUGUAUUCACUAAAGCAAUCCAUGUACAAUCCAUGUACGUUUUAAUAAAAAGAAUUAGAUGCU